UUCAGUGUAGGAAACAAAAAAAAGUUAUUUAAAUAAAAAUUUUACUUUAUGUUUACAAUAUCAUCUAUGUUGGUAUGAGAACAAGUCACAUAGCCAUGUUUAGCAAAGUUUUGUAUCAAAUGUGAAGUAUGCGCAGGGACCAGAUUAAUUAAAGAAUAAGCGAUUAAUAAUUUGUGUUAUUCUGUAAAAAGUAUUGAAAAAGUAUUAAUUAAAAACUAUAUAAUAUAUAUAUAUAAUAAAAUAUAAAUACACAAUUUAUCUAACCUCUAAAUAUGAAAUAACUUUCAACAAUAUUGACGACUCUAAUUUAGUGAAAUUUUGGGAGAAAAGGUUGAAUGUAAAUAAUAUUUGUGUGUAAAAAUUGAAUGGUGAAUUUAUAACAAUUGUAUUGUAAAAUAAAUACAUAAACAUGACGGCAGCAAUUAAAACGUUAUGGAAGCAAGCAUUAAACACAUUUGAGGAACGUGGCAAUGUUGGAUUUAAACUUUGUCAAAAGAACUUUGACAAAUUACGAUACUUGAUGAACAAAAUUACAGCGGAAGAUGUAAAUUUAAAUAAACAGAUACUUGAUUUUAUUCAAGUACAGCAUGCACCAAUGUGGGUUAUUGACAUAUUUGAAAAUAAAGAUUUUGCUAUUUCCAUCUUCAUAUUAAAACAUGGAUUCACAAUGCCAAUACAUGAUCAUCCUGGAAUGUAUGGAUUUUUAAAGGUAAUCAGUGGUGUAGUUCAAAUAAACAAUUAUACUUUAAAAGCAAAUGAAGAUCAUACAAUCAGAUUGAACAAAGAAGUAAUGGCACUUAGACACAAACCAAUAUCUUUACAUAGUAAUUCACCUGCAUGUACUCUUACACCAAAAGAUAAGAACUUACAUGAAAUCACAUGUAUUGAAGGUCCUGCUGCAUUUCUGGAUAUACUUAGUCCUCCUUAUGAUGUAGAUGAUUCUGGAAAGGGUCCAAGACCUUGUACAUUUUUCAAAACUGUUAGUAGUUCAAAGUUAUGUACAGAUUCACCAGAUAUAGUGGAGGAAGUUAAAUUGGUGGUUAUUGAAGGUCCACCAGAUUUUUAUUCUGGAAGUCUUAAAUACACAGGACCACCCUUAAUGUGACCUGAAGCAUCAAAAAAUAUUUCUUGUUCUAUUUGUUAGAAAGUUUUGCAUUUUAUUGCAUUCAUUUACUUUUAUAAAUGUAUUAUAAAUUUUUAAGGAUAUUUAAAUUCUAAUUAAAUGUGUAAUAUUGGUGUUUAUCUCUUGUACCUUUCUGCAAGAGUAUAUAAAUAUGUAUAAGUAUACGAGAUUGUUUGGGUCAUAUAAAGUAUGCAAAUUUUAUAUUUUAUAUUAAUUUAUACUGAAUAUAGUUGAGUUUUAUUUAUUGUGAAUUUUAGAUUGAAAUCAAUUAUAAUUUCUAAUCACUUGCAUUUUUAUUGACUUUUGUAUGUGAAAAAGUUACCUGUAUAAAAAUCAUAAAUAUGGAAUAAUUACAUUAUAUUUACUCUUUCAUUGGUAUGUAGAAUAAGGAUGUAAACAAAAAAUGUAUUAUAAUACACUUUAUAUGUAAUACGUGAUAAACAAAAGCAUAUGAUAAUUAUUAAAUAAAAACAGAAAUUUUAUUUGUAUAAAAAAUAUAAUACUUACUUAUAUCACAAAAUAUUUAAGAAGUAGAUUUAUAGAAUAGAUUUGUUGUAAAUGGAUAUGCAUUACAUUUUGAUGUAUAUAUUAUUUUUUCAACUUAAUUGUGUCUACACAGUUCUUACAGACCAAGAAGUUCAAUUUUUUCAAGAUAAUUAAUAUUUUUAAAUUAUAUAUAUUGUACUUAAACACUUUACAUUAAAAAGAAAAAAGCUUAAUAAUAAAUAUAUUUAUAUAUUA